CAAGCCGCUCCCUUAGUCGGCUUCUCAUUGCCGGCACAUUGCAACGUCGGGCGGAGGAACUCGUGAUUCCCAUGCUCUCAGGCAAGGAAAAUGUCCGUGACAGAAGGACAGCACGAACACUCUCGAAGUGGUGAUUCGGAUUAUGUUGUGGUCCCGGUGAUAGUCCAUCAUGAGCCGGGUAAAAGAGAAACCUACAGACACCGGUCUGUGAGUGGCAUAGUGUCAGCUAUGUUUCUUGUGGUGCUCUAUCUCCUCAUUGCGGCGGUGGACCAAUGCAGUGGACAGAGUCAUUCCGUGAGCAUUUAUUCAGCAAAGUACCAGCAAACUAUCACGUCCAGCACCCUAAAAUGGGUGGAAGUGGUGGGGAGUAAAUACCCACAGUACAUGCUUCUCGGUGGGAGGAUCGGCUCUGACGACCUCUUUGUGUGUCGCGCCAAGGACUUCGGUCGCCAGAUCCCCGGUUACCUCAUCAAACCUCUGUGCACAGUGGAACUGGCUGGGAAAGUUGAAAAUUUCUCCCGAUUCGAUGUUCUUACAUCAGUGGGGAAUUCGUCAUUGACACGCUGGGCGUCAUGGAGAAGGGGCCUUAUCCACGUCGACGGUGCCAUCAGCACGGACGAGUUCUACAUCAUGAGGACCAGCGAGACCGAAGAUGGAAAUAGGUAUUUGGGGAAACUGGAGACCAAGGCAGAGCAUCAGAAAGCCCGCUUUGUGCUCCAGGGCCAAUCCAUCAGCACGCAAACUUCCGCGGAGAUUCUCGUCGAGGUCAUGCCGGACCGGUACGAGUUGGCCAACAUCCAGUUCAGCGGGAACAAGAAGCGCUACAACGACCUCAAGACAUCUUCCCUGACGACCAAGACUUACAUUAACAAUGGAUCCAAACCACGCGGAAUCCAUGACGAAGUGGCCUUCCCAGUCACACUGGAGGAGACGUGGGGCCACGUAGAUGGCAUGUAUACAGGAACACCAACGCAAAUCCAUCUAAGGGGAAGGGCUACCAUGGAAGUUAGCUGGGGCAUCCCGAGGCAGCUGGUUAAGGAGGAGAUCCGCUUUUUGGAAUUUGAACUCCCACCGUUUUCCAAGAUCGUCCUCUCCGUGGAUGGGACCAUGGAAAUCGAACAGCGCCCAUUCACAGCCGUCCUGGAGUCCUAUUUCUCCCAACUCCGGCGGGUGGAAAGGCGGAACGUGGAGGGAACUCACAAAACCACGAACCUUACAAACGUCCAAAUCAGAAAGGAGAGCUUCCAGUUGUUCGAGAAACCAACCGAUUUACCGGUCUUGGGCCAGGGUCAAGGUCCCAUGCAGAGCGCCGACCCAGAGACCGUUCAGACGUCUAUUCAGAUCACAAUGAAGAGCCCAAGCACAACCUGGGAGCCCAGCACCGAACCAAGCACUUCCUGGUCGGAACAGAAGUCUGAGUCUUCCCAUGAUUCUGGUCAAAGUUUUCAAUCCCCAGAAAUCUGGGUUGCCACCGAUUCAGUCAAUGAUGCGGCAAGAAGGAGUGGAGCAUGCAUCCAGUCUGGCCUGAAUGCAUUAGUUUUGGCGAGUUUGAGUGCUGUGUGGUUGGUGGAUGCUUUAUGAGUCUUCGUCCACAUUGUGAGCACCUCAGUGUCGAUGUGAUCGGGCUUUGAUGAAAGCUUGAGUUCUAAUGCCGUGACGUUGGCCCCAUGAAAAGAUCUGUUCAUACUUCAGUAGGAGCAAGCACGCCAGGUCAACUUCAAGCAACCCGUCAGAGAAGCCCAAGAAAAUGGCAGAAAUUCACUACCCCCAAAACAACACUCCAUCUGGAUUUCUGCUUCUUGCCAUCGGCCGUAAAUCCCUGGAUUGUGCUAUUAUAUGUUAGUGAGAUGUGGCUGAAUGUGACAACAUGUCGCCAUCAACACCAUCUUCCUCCCAACGAAUGUGGUUUUCUUCCCCCCCCCCC